UGGAGAAGUCCCCUUAGAAGUAAAGUGCAGAUCGACGAUAUGAUCCGAAUAUUAAAAAUACCACAGAAUGAUUAUAACAUACCAACAAAUAAGUCAAGUAAUAGAUAUGUACCAUAUGGUAAAUAUAAAGGAAAAACAUAUAUAUAUGCUGAAGGAGAAGAAACGGACGAUUAUCUUCGUUAUAUAUCUUCUUCGGAUAUUACUUCUUCAUCAGAAAGUGAGUAUGAAGAGAUAGAUAUGUAUAUGCCGCGUAGUCCUAAAUACAAAACUUUGAUAGAAGUGGUACUAAAACCUAGUAAAUCAACACAGGAUGAUACAUCAAAUAGUGGUGAUAUACCUAGUGAUAUACCUAGUGAUAUACCUAGUAAUAUACCCACCAAUAAAUUCACUGAUGAAGAAUGGAAUGAAUUAAAACAGGAUUUUAUUUCGAACAUGUUACAAAAUGAUCAAAACGAUGUAGUUGAAAAUAGUGGAAAUACUACAAAUACACAACCUAACAUUAUACACAAUAAUAUGGAAGAAAAACCUUUUAUUACAUCUAUUCAAGAUCGAAAAUUAUAUAGUGAUGAUAGCGAUGUUCUUAGUUAUAAUAUUGAAUGGAAUGUUCCAAAAAAUAUUACCACUAAUACUGCGAUAUACAAUAGUUUAUAUAGUGGUAUUGAUGUAAUUAACGAUUCGUUAAAUGGCAAUGAACAUAUUGAUAUAUAUGAUGAGUUGUUAAAACGAAAAGAAAAUGAAUUAUAUGGAACAAAUUAUCCGAAACAUACAACAACAAACAGAAUUGUCAAGGGAACAUAUAGUGAUCCUAUAAUCAACCAACUGGAUUUGUUCCAUACAUGGCUAGAUAGACAUAGAGAUAUGUGCAACCAAUGGAAUAAUAAAGAGCAAAUUUUGAACAAAUUGAAUGAGGAGUGGAAUAAAUCAAAUAACGAACAUGUAUUAUAUAUACCCUCGAAUGACAAUUCUGAUGAUAUUAAUACAAUUAAUAAUGAAAAUUAUAAUAUGAUUAGUACAAACAAACAUGAACGUAAUCACAAAACAUCUCUUGAACAUCUUGGAUCAACAAAUAUUCCUCCUAAUGAUCUUAUAACACAAAAUAAUGGUUCUCAAACAAAGAAUUUACGCACAAAUAUAUCUAUGGAUAUGCUUAUGGACGAAAAUAAUAAUAUACCACGUGAUAACGAUUAUUUGGAGAAUUCGUAUAAUUUUUAA